AAAGAGUAGUGAAAUACUGCUAUAUUACAGUCUAUAUAGAGGUGUAUGAAAUGGAAUGUCAAUAUUGUAAUCUAAACUUAAUUAUUACUAUUCUGUAAUUUUAAUAAUUUUAAAUGACCAUUGUAUUAUGUUUCUUAAUUAUAGUUAUGGCAUUUAAAAUUUAAAAAUAUAAAAUAUACAACAUACAGAUUAUUUUUAAAAUGUCAAACAUUGUAGGUAUAAUUUAAACAAUUCAAUAGUGUUGUUUGAAAUUUGUAGAAAGAUUUUCAAAGAACAAAUAAUUUAAACGCAUUUACAUAACUUACAUUCAGGGUAAGUUUCCAUAAAACAAAAUUAUUUAUAGAUUAACAACUAAUAAUUCAUGAACAAAAUAAUUAAAAAUAACAUCUAGGUUUAAUUAUUGUAAAAACAAAUAAUACUUCAUUAUAGUACAAAUUAGCACUGUCAUUACUGUCAUGUUAGAACUAUUUUGGGAUAUUCCAGGGUUGUGUUGAAAUUGAAUUAGUACUGAACCCCAAACUAGAUUCUAAAGUUUAGUGCUAUAACUCAACAUAACUUUUUUUAAUACACAGGUGUGUACAAUUUUAUAUCAGAUUUUUGAUUGCCAAUUUGACCUUUCAGUAAACUAAUUUCCUAAGUUUAUAGUUAAAUUAGAAUAUUUAUAUUCAACAUAUAAUCUAAAUAAUUUGUAUUGAUUAGUUUUAGAAUUCAACUAAACAAAUAAAAUGGAAUUCAUUGGUGAUUAUGAAUACGAAAGUGCUAAUCGAUUAGGAAUUGGAGCUUUUGCUAUUGUUUUCAAGGGGCGGUCCAGAAAGGUAACAUUUAUUAAAUUUUAACAAAGACAAAUUUGUAUCUAAUGUACCUGUAUAAUUUAUUCACUGUAUUGAAAUAUAUUAGCUAGAUACUAAAAUUAUUUUUUAUUACUUUAAACAGAAACCCGAUAUAGAUGUAGCUAUUAAAACUGUAAUGAAGAAGACCAUACCUAAAACGCAGAGCCUAUUGAAGAAAGAAAUAGAUAUUUUGAGGGUAAGAACUAAUCAUAUUUGUAAAAAUAAACAUUUCUUAAAUUUAUGUAUAAUAUUUUUUAAGUAAAAUAAGUACACUAUUACUUACUUUUUAACAUUAUUAUUUAUUAUACUUAUAAUAUGUAUUAUUUCUUUUAAUAUCAGCUUUUUUAAACUAAAUGUAUUUCAUAUAUUUUACCAAUAAAUAAAUUGCUUAAUUAUAUACUUUUUUAAAUACAAAAUUGCCUUAUCGAUAAUAGUUUAGUUAAAUAAAAAGUAUACAUCAAUUUCGUUUUAAAAUUUAAGAACCUUACAGUUAUAUAAACAAGAAUAUUGCAUAUAUAUUGUGAGAUUUGUAAUUCUCUUCCUAAACUCUCUGCUUAUGUAUGUUAUUGAAUCAUAUCAUUUUAUUAGUGUAUGUAUAUUGUAUUUAUUAUAAUAAGUUGUUUAAUACACAUUAAUAAAUAACAAAAAUAUUUAUUUUAGAAAUUAACAAUUCUUCAACAUGAUAAUGUUGUACAUCUUCUGGAAUGCCUAGUGAGUUACAUAUUAUUAUAAUUUAUAAUACAUUCAAUUGAUCUAGUAAUAAAUAUUGUUCCUUAACAUUUUUCUAGGAUAGUGAGGAUGCAUUUCAUUUGAUCAUGGAGGUAUGUAUAUUUGCAUUUAUUUAAUGUAAGUAUUGAUGUAUAUUAUUUUGUAUAUUUUGUAUUUUUUCUAGUAUUGCAAUGGCGGUGAUUUACAAGAUUAUUUAAAUGGUAUUUUUCAAAAUAUUAAACUAAUCCAACUAUUGAAUCUUAUAAUAGAUGUACAAAAUAUCUUUUAAUAUUUUAAUUACAUUUAUAUUGAAAUUUUAAAUUUGUUAAGUUUUACAUAGUACAUGUUAUAGUAAAAUUUAUUUUGUAUACAAAUGUAUUUUAUUCAUUUUAUUUGAUCUUAAAAUUAGGCAAUUUUUUUUUCAUUCAAUAAUAGAAAAUUAAAUAUUUGUAUAAUAUACUAUGUUUUAGUUAAAGGAUGUUUAAGUGAGGACACAAUUCAAAUAUUUCUUAGACAACUUGGUAAGUUCUUGAUGUAUUAUUUAGAUUAAAAAUAUCUAAUAAUUAAAUUUUAUUGUAUUCUAGCCGGAGCAAUGUAUGAAUUUAAUAAACAAGGAAUACUUCAUCGAGAUUUAAAACCUCAAAAUAUCCUCCUGAAGUUUUCAGGAGAAACUCGUUAUCCAGAACCUAAUCAUAUCACUCUAAAAAUUGGUAAAUUAACUUAAUUUGCCUACCAACUAAAACUAAUGGUUUCAAAUUUUAAAUUAUUAGAUAAUAUUUAUAAACUUAAUUUCAGCUGAUUUUGGGUUUGCACGAAUUUUGGGUGAAGGUGUAAUGGCAGCUACUAUGUGUGGUUCUCCAAUGUAUAUGGUAAUAUAUAAUAGUUUUAUUAACUAUUGAAAAUAGAUAUUAUAACUUUAUGGAUUAAAAUAUUUUAAUUUAUAAUUAAUAUAUAUAUAUAUAUAUAUAUUAGGCACCUGAAGUAAUAAUGUCAUUGCAAUAUGAUGCCAAAGCUGAUUUAUGGAGUUUAGGUACAAUCUUAUUUCAAUGUCUGGCUGGUAAAGCUCCAUUUUAUGCCAAUUCACCUGCAGGAUUAAAACAAAUUUAUGAAAAAACACAAAUUUUAAUACCAAAGUAUGUUUGAUAUCAUUAAUGAUUUGUAUAUAGAUGUUAAAUUAUUGAUGUUUUUAAUAUAGGAUUCCUCCAGGAACAUCACCAGAUCUAUCACAUUUGCUACUAGGUCUUUUGAAAAGAAAUCCAAAAGACAGAAUAUCAUUUGAAAAGUUUUUUGAUCAUCCCUUUUUAAAAGUGAAACCUCCACCAGUAACCAUGCCAUCUCCUCUUGCCAACAGUCCCAAAACACCUUCAAUUUUUGAUCAAGGUAACAUAGCAUUUAUAACUGCUUUCAAUUGCAUUUAAACAACAAACAGUUUCAAGUUUAUUUAAUUUACCUUGUAUUAUUAUAUUAGGUUAUCAAUACUCGGCCAGUCCUGAUCUUUCUGAUGAAUAUGUAAUUGUACCUUCAAAUAUACCAGCAUAUCCUCAGUAUGUUCUCACAUAUUCUCUAAAAUAAAAUUUCUUAAUUUUAAUAAAUUAUUUACAUGUUGUAGAGACAAAGAAAUAAGCGCUAGCCCUCCAAGACCAAGUACACUUUCUAUACAAACACAACAAGACUAUAAUCAUCUUCGAUCUCCAAUAAAAGUUAGUUAUAUACAAAAUUUAAUAAAACUUCAAAAGCUUUUCUAUUUUAUACUCAAAUGUCUACAAUAUUACCCAUUAUUCUUACCUAUAUAGUAUUUAUAUAGAAGUUUAAUUGCAAUAAAAGAUUAAUGAUGCAAUACCAUCAUUUUUUUUCAUUAAAAGUUUUACUGAUAAGAUUAAAAGAAAAUAUCAAACGAUUAAUAAUAAUUUUAUGUAUAGUUAUUUGUUAUCCAUUGCGUCGAAAAUAAUAUUAUAAAUACAAAUUAAAACAUUGAUGUACAUCAUAAAUAGUAGAUAAUACUAUCUAUAAAAAUUAAUUUAUAUAUUAUAAUUUACCUUAUUUCUUUGCACUUCAUAAUUUUUAUUAUGGUUUAUGUUAUAAAACCAAAAAUACUAUUGGAUAUUAUUGAUAAUAAUUAUGGUGUGUAAAAGGUAUCAAAUUUUUCAAUCAAUUUAACUGAUUGUUUUAUUUAAAUUUUGUUGUAAUUUAAAGGCAUUUUUAUUAAAAAAAAAAAAAAAAACAAUUCUAGUGUGUACCCAGAUCUCAGCCAAUUACAAUGAAUGCAAGAGCUUCCAAGAAUAUAAGUGGACCUGAUUUUUGUUCUAUAUCACCACCAUCAGUAAGGAUAAUUUUUACAUAAAUAAUAUUAAAAAUAAAACUAAUUUUACAUUUAUAUAAAUAUAAUGAACAUGAUUUUAGUAUUUACCAAAAUUUUGUUAAAAUAUAUAGGUUCAAUUUAUGCUUGGGACACCCCCGUCAGGAAGAAGAAUAUCAGAAACUCCACCUUAUAAUACAUGGAAUAUUACACCUACAAGCUCUCCUUUAAAAAAAUCUGGUAAAUUAUUAUUAUUAUAUUUUUUUUAUGUACAACUAAUUUUGAUUUUAAAUGUUUACUCAUUUUAGUUCUAAGUUCGCCAAUUUUAAACACACAACAAUUUACAUUUAAUACAAACCAAAAACCGGGAACAGUUGGUUUACCUUUCAGUAAUAAUAAUCGUGCUAUGGCUUUACCAGGUAUAUAUAAGUAUAAUUAAUUUAUGAAUUAAAAUUGUACAAUAGUUCUUUAGCAAAAUUCUUUUUUUUUUCAGAACUUGGAAAUAUAACUUUCCCAGAACUUCCUCAAGAAACAAUAUUAGAAGUAAACUUGUAUUAUUAUUUUAUAUUCGUUGUGAUUUUUAAGACAUCUAAAUUGUGACAUAUUUAUUUUAGAAAGAACAUAUAGAAACAUUAGCCAAACUAAAUUUUGUAUUAGCGUUGGUUGAAUGCAUUGUUGAAUGCGCUUCUCCUAAAAGACCACGUUACGAACGAUUAGUACUUUUAGUUAGAGCAUUACAAGUACUUAGUUCUAGCUUAAGUAUUGCAACUUCUGAACUUAAAGCUGGUCGAUUACAGCCUUCAACAAAUGUUAAAAAUGGUAAUAAUUAACUUUAAUUGAAAUAUGUAUUUAACUUUAAUACAUUUUACAUCUUUUUUACACUAUCAAUUAUAGUGGUACAGCAAUUAAAUGAAACUUUUCAUAAAGUUUUGGAUGACUGUAAACAAAUCAAUGUACCAAAUAUGCCACACAACACAUCUACAGCUACUACAACGGCAGAGAAGCUACUAUAUGAAUAUGCUCUUGACAUUGUAAAUAAUUCAAAAUUUAAUAUUAAAAAAAACGAACAAAUUUAAUAUUUAUGAUUAACUUAUUUUAGUGUGCUAAAGCAGCUUUAAAAGAACUGGGUAACACUCCAUAUGAUUAUUUUAAAUCUUAUCAGACGGCACAAAUCCUCUUACAUAGUUUAUCCCAACAAGUAAAUUCUCCAAGUGAUAAAGAAAUACUAAUAACAUGUAAUAACACUAUUAAUAGUUUGUAUGCAAUUUAUAUAAAAUUAAAAUAAUAUGUACUUCUAUUUAACGCAGAUCGUGAUGCAGUGGAAAAAAGAUUGUCUAUACUACAGGACCAAGGUUAUGUGUACUCAAACACAGUCAAUGACAAUUCUAUCUGAUUUAUACUAAAAUAAGUAAUAAUUCUAUGUUUAUUAAUUUUUUUUUUUAAUUCUAGUCUCCUUGUUUUUUUUUUUAAUUUUUCGUAAUGUGUUUUAUAAUAACAUUAGUUUAUGUAAAUUUUUCCUGUGAACAAAAUAAUAGAAAUAUUAUAAUAUAAUACCCAUACUAACAAUACUGUGUGUUUUAAUAAUAAAUUAUGUUAGGUAUAUGCUUUUAAUUUUAAUAUAUAUUAUUUUAAUUUCAUUUUAAAAUUGUAUUUGUAUUUAUACACUCAUGAAUAUCACAUCAUAUUAUGGAUACAAAUUGUUAUGUUAAAUAUCAAAUAAAAAAUUAGACCA